UAGGACCAAACGCCAGGAUUGCGGCGUGGGACGGGCCGUCGAGCAGGGACGCGCGCGGCUUGCCUGUAGGCUACGCGGCGCCAGUGGAGGUGGAGGUCUUGGGGCUGGGACCCGGUACUACGAGGGGAGGGGAUUGUAUUCUGCGAGGUGCUCGCCUUCCCCAUACUCUCCCCCGCCUUCUCCCACUUCUCAUGUUUCCCUCGCCCACCCUUCUCUCGCACUCCCCGGGUCGAAUUCAUCCUCUGAUGUACUUUUUCCGAGCGCUUCUGCCGUCUGCUACCCUCCCUGGGGGUGCACCCCCCCCCCCUUCCUCGGCCUCCGUUGGUAGACACCCAGGAGCCUUCGGGGCGCUAAUUGGUCUAGGGGAAGGGAAGGGAGGAAAUCCCUGAGCUUCCGGGUUCCGUUGCCCGUUUUCCCGCCAUGUCGUUCCUGGCUAGCGGGAGCAGCUCAAUUCGCCUCCGCCGCGUCGGCCCUCCUUCCACCCUAGUCCUUCCUGCCAUUGCCUCUCCCUCCCAGGGUGGAGGCAGUUGGGGGGAAGGAGAAGAAGACUACGAGGAUGAUGGGGGAGACGAGGUGGUCCGGGAUCUCCGAGCGGAGUUCUUCGCCAACACGCCACCGCCUCAGCCCCACAAACACAAUGGGGUCACUCCAGGGUUGCCCGAAGCCUCUGGAGCUCCUCUGGGCAGGCAGUGGCCAGUGCAGAUCCUCUCUGUGGUUUGUUCUCUUCUCUUCGCCGCCCUCCUUGCUUUCCUCCUAGCUAUCGUCUACAUGAUCGUGAAAGAAUUGCAUGCUGAAAAUUUGAAGACUGAAGAUGGUGUAGAGACUGGUUUAUUAGGAUUCUGGACUCUGCUUGUUAUAUCCAUAACAGCAGGGUUUUCAUGUUGCAGUUUUUCUUGGACAGUGACUUAUUUUGAUUCUUUUGAACCUGGAAUGUUCCCUCCUACUCCUCUUUCACCAGCCAAGUUCAAGAGAUUGACAGGCCAUUCCUUUCACAUGGGCUACAGCAUGGCAAUUUUGAAUGGCAUUGUGGCUGCUCUCACUGUAGCAUGGUGCCUCAUGUGAGUCCACACUGGAUCCCUGGCAAAACCAUUUUCUACAGGUUGCAGAACAUCUGAUUCAUUUUUUUUUAAUGACACUGAAGAACCUAACUUCCCAUUUCAAAAGACUCCGUGAUAUAUGCUAUUCAUUGAAUGAUUCAAAUUCAUCGUCAUCAUUAUCAACAACAAACCAUAUAGCUUUUUGAGUGCUGUCAUUUUGUGUAAGUCACUGUGCUAGACAAGAGGAAUCUUCAACUUUUUUUAAGUUUCAGGUGCUUUCUACAUGGAAUUCGAGAGUUUUACCUCAUUUUAAAAGAUUUGUAUGUUUAUAUGUUUUUUGAAAACAGUAAUCCUAAAACUUGAAUGGAGGGCCUAAAUUUGAUAGUAUCCUUCAGUAUAAGUAUACUGCCCUUACAUUAAGGAACAUCAGAAUUACUGAAGUAGUAUAAGUAUGAUUCUCAUUUUUAUAUUGUUAAAUUACUGUUAUUGGAUUAGAUUAGAAAAGGAAACACAUGCUUCCUAUUUUUUACAUUUUAUACUUUAAAAAUUAUUGGUACCCUGCGUAAUAAAAAUUUUUAGAUUUUGAAAAAUUACAUUUAUAAGAUAUAUUUCUAUUUCAGUAUAUGUUUGUAUAAUGGUUUUUGUAUUCUUUUAAAUUUAUAUUUUGAAUUAGCUCUUUUGAUAUCAAUGCCAAUUAAAGGAGUUUUCCAAAUUAAUAACUUUAGAAUGUCAUUAAUUAGUUCAUAUCUAGUGUUCCCUACUCUCAUCGCACAUUUUUUUCUUUUUCUUUUAAGGAAAAAAGCAUAUGCUAAAACUCUAGAUUUUUUUAAAUAACCUGUUUUAUUUAUAAUAAAUUUUAGAAGUAUUGAGAUUAGAAAAUUAUCUUAAUUCUAGAAUAUGGAAGUUAAAAUAAGCUAUUCUUUCUAACAUUUAAGUUAGAUUAGGAAAAUUUGUGUGGUUGAUUUUCUUGCAUAAGUAUCCUAUAAUAGAGAAUUUUUGUUAUAUUUCCCCAAUUUGUUAAGUAUUUUGCUGUGUGAAGUGAUUUAAUGAAUAAGCUUUCAAAUAGCAUGGAAUUUGUGUUCUCAAAGAGAACAAAGAAUUCCUUUUUGAGAACUGACUGCUGUGACUGGUAUCUAAAGCCACUUUGUUGGCUUAAGUCAGAGCAGAGCCAUAGAAGCAGAUAUGAACAGUUAUCAAAAAGGGAAAGUGCUUAAAGAAAUUUACUUAUUCUCAAACUAUUAGAGGUUUAGCCUGGAAAAGUUUGUUAUAAAUAAUAACUCUUAGGCUUCAAGUGUUUUCUACUUUCAUCCUGUCAGUAGGAGCAAUUCAUAUACAGAAGCAUAAUUCUUUUCCCCCUAGAUAGGAACAAAAUUGCCCGAUUAUAAUUAUGAUGUAUGAUCUAUAGCUUUAGCAUGGUCUUAACAGAAAGAUUGUCUUCAGCCUCUAUUCUUGUUUCAUUUGUGGUUGUUUACAUCCUUAAAGAUCUGAUUUUAUAUGUUUAACAAUUUCUUUAAGAGACUGGCUUUGUAAUUUCUUAAUAUCUACUCUAAUCAUAUUGAACUAAAGCUAUUUACAUUCGUAAUAUAAAGUUUUAACAUUGUUCAACUGCCUUUUCCUUUAUUGUGUUUGCAAUAUUAAAAUAAACUUUCACAAUCCA